AUGGCCUCAGAGGAGAAAGCUAUCGGCAUUUCCUCUGGCGUGGACACCGACAUCGAUGUGGGCAAGACAAAACAUGUUGACCCCACGAUAGAGAAGCAUGCACACGACGCCGAUGAGGCUCUGAAGGCCCUUGGCGAUCUUCAGGGUGAAACCAUCGAGCUGGAUGAGGCUACGAAUCGCCGCCUGUUAAGUAUUAUUGAUUGGCAUAUGAUGCCUAUCAUGUGCUUUAUCUACGGCAUGAAUUAUCUGGAUAGUUAUCUCGCCUGGGAGUACCCGACCAACCGCCUCCUCCAGCGCCUCCCACUCGGAAAAUACUCUGCAGCCUGCAUCUUGAUCUGGGGAUUGAUUCUCAGCUGUUUUGCCGCUGUUAACAGUUACCCGGGUGCUAUCGCUAUCCGCUUUAUGCUUGGUGUAUUCGAAGCCGCCGUUACGCCGGGCUUUGCGCUCUUAACUUCCCAGUGGUACACAAAACAAGAACAAGGCAGCCGCGUCAACAUCUGGUUCAGCUUCAAUGGCGUGGGCCAGAUAUUCGGCGGAGUAGUCGCGUACGGCAUCGCCGUCGGUACCGAGAAACACGGGUCCUCCAUCGAGCCAUGGAAGAUUGUUUUCCUCGUCACUGGCCUGCUCACCAUUUGCCUGGGCCUGGUAUUCCUCUGGAUUGUGCCAGACAACCAACUCAACGCACGCUGGUUAAAUGAAGAGGAUCGCAUCUUGGCUGUUGCCCGUGUGCGGGUCAACCAGCAGGGCAUUGGAAAUAAACAUUUCAAACUAUAUCAGGUCAAGGAGGCGCUUUUGGAUCCGAUGACCUGGGCUUUCUUCUUUUAUGCUUUGAUUGCUGAUAUUCCGAAUGGGGGUAUUAGCAAUUUCUUCAGUCAGCUGAUUACAAGCUUCGGAUACAACGAGAAAGAGAGUCUGAUUCUGGGUGUCCCUGGCGGCGCCGUGGAGAUCGUUGCACUCUUGCUCAACGGCUAUGUCGGCCAUAUCACUGGGCAGCGUGUCCUCGCCAGUUUGGGUGGGCUGGUCGCUGCAAUCGUGGGGAUGCUGCUCAUUGUCGCUCUGCCCCUAUCAAACAAUGUUGGUCGUUUGAUUGGCUACUACCUUACACAGGCCAGCCCGACACCUUUCGUGGCAUUGCUGUCGCUGAUUUCUUCCAAUGUGGCGGGAUAUACUAAGAAGACGACUGUGGCGGCUUUGUAUUUGAUUGGAUAUUGUGCUGGAAAUAUUAUCGGCCCACAAACCUUCCGCCCGAAAGACGCUCCCCGCUAUGUCCCCGCCGAGGUGACCAUCAUCGUCUGCUGGGGUGUGUGUCUGUUCCUGCUGGUCGGGGUCUGGAUGUGGUAUCGUCGAGAGAACCAGAAGAAGAUCCAAUUCACUGCCCGACCAGAAUAUGUGAGACUAGAUAACCAAGAGUUCCUUGAUUUGACAGAUCGGGAGAACCCCGAGUUCCUUUAUUCUCUUUAA